AUGGCAUCACCCUCGGAUUAUUAUCCAAUAGUCGGCAUCCAAGAUGGAUUAAACCCCGAAAAACAUGAACCACUUCGUGAAGUCCAUCUCCGCAUGGAGGUGGAUGACUGGUUCACAUCUGACAAGUCGAUCCAUGCUAACCAACGGGCCUUAUUCUUCCCUGCUCUAUGGAAAUUUUCCCAGAUGUCCCCACAGGAGAAGCUAUCUUGGUUCCAGAUUGCUGUUGUCUUCGAGUUUAUGAAGGAAAAAAUCAGCAGAUAUCCCGGGAAAGAUCGACCUGAUCUCGAGGAAGCAGCAAGGACUUGGCGUCUGCCAUACUGGGAUUGGGCGCUCAAGAAGCCCGUCAACGGCGAACAGAAUAGGUGGGACUACAGUGUACCCUUGGCUAUCCUGAAUAAAACAGUAGAAAUCAGGCAGCCUGGAAGCGAGGGGCUUGUACCCUUCAAAAAUGCUUUAUAUCAGUUCACGAUGCCUGGGAAUAUCGCUAUGGGUGAUUGGAGUCUCAGAAACGGAGAGCAGGACUUAAGGGUCUCUGCAGUUACAACACCUGAUAAGAAUAUUUUCCCUUUUGAGGACUUUGCAACUGAACGGGCGCUUGAUUACGGCCCGAAAGGCAAAAAAGAAAAGAAGUAUGUAUUCGGCUCGGGUGAGAACAUCCACGACCUCAUGCAUAUUAACUGUGGCGGUAACGCUCAGCCGGAUAGCCAAAAUAUAUGCUUAGGAGGACACAUGGCUCACGUACCUGUCGCUGCGUUUGAUCCAAUUUUCUGGAUUCACCACUGCAACGUGGAUAGAAUGACCGCCAUCUGGCAAAUACUGCAUGACGACACUUGGUUUGAUGGCGAGGACCCUCGAGACAAAGACAAUGGAACGUACUCUAUCAAAGAAGGGCACCCAGAUAAACCCGAUGAUCCACUUCGACCUUUCCAUAAGGAGGGAGGGGGGUAUUGGACAUCUUCCGAUGUUAGGGAGGUGACAGCUCUAGGUUAUACUUACCCAGGUCUAGAGAAGUGGCACUACACGACCGAAGGGAAAUAUGACAAGCAGAAACAUCUGGAUGCACUCUGGAAAAAGCUUAACUGGGCUUAUAACAGCGACUGGUCAGCUGCACAGAAGUCAAGGCUAACUGCUAACCCGGGUGAACCAGACGGUCUUAAACUGGCGAGAUUAAGUAGUCUUAGAGGAGCGCCCACUGACAUGUUUGUUGACGACUACGUUGUGAACGUGAUUUAUGAGAAGUUUGAACUUGACGGAUAUCCGUUCGAAAUCCAUAUCUUCGUCGGCAAGGUGCCUGACGAGACUCCGUACAAGACCGGACAUGCUCAGGUCGGUCAAGUAGUCAAUUUCUCGGUCCAACCAGCAAGCUUGGGCGAUUCAGGUGUAGGAUGCGGUAAUUGCCGUAGGCAGCAGGCAAAUCAUAUCAAAUCCACCGGAUGUGUCGCAUUAACCAACGCUCUCAUCACGCGAUAUAAGAACCAAAUACAGCAUGAGAACAGUGACGGCGGGCCAUCGGUAUUGAAAAGCAUGGGUCGCGCAGACGUGGUGCCGUUCCUGAAGUCUAACCUCCACUGGCGCGUAACCUCGAGGGGUGUGUUGGUGGAUUUACCUUCGCUGAAGGUUUCACUCGCCGUAGGAAAGGCCGAACAUUAUGCAGACCGCACCAAGAUGUCUGUUUAUCACGCGUACAAGCCGGCGUAUGAAGUUACUCGCGGUCGCCCCGGAGGCGCAGAACCGGGUGAUUACUUGUACCCACCGCAUCGCUAG